GCCUCUCAAUUGCUUGUCAGCACAAUAAACUUGGCAGAUAGCAGCUUUCCUACGUACUCUGCAAGCCUGUGGAUUUUUCAUGCUCCCAAAACACACUCCUGGACUAGCUACCGGUAGAAGCAACGAUCCGCAAACAAUAUCGAGAUGGCGCAUCCAAACCUGGUAGAAGUCGACUCCCUCGAGGCAGUCCUCCUUGUCGACAAUGACCUCGAUCUCAUGUCGACCAUUGCGCCCGACACAGUCGAGGUCUCGGGCCUCUGGCGUACGCUAGCCACACAAUCCCCGCACGCGAUCUCGGACCGCGGAGACGCACACAAGGAGCUUCAGAUGGAAGAUAUCUGCUGUGCGGCGCACGGAUUGUCCAUUCUCGUGACAGCCACCAAGGAUGGGAAAAGCCAUACUCUGCUCUUCGACGCCGGACCCGAAGGUGAAGUCUGGGAGCGCAACGUCAAUAGACUGAGACAAGACUUGUCGUCUGUGGAAGUGGUUCAACUAUCACACUGGCAUCGAGAUCACUCAGGUGGUCUGACUCGCGCUAUUCAGAUGAUCACAGAGGCUCGACAAGCACAUAGUGUCCCAGACAAUGUAAUCAUCGAUCUGCAUCCGAAUCGCCCAGACUACAGAGGCAUGGCCAUUGGCGAUAAGAUCAUCUCUUUGCAGGCUGAUCCGACAUUCGAGGAACUGCAAGCAGCGGGCGGGGUCAUUGACAAACGAGCUGAAGCGCAUACAGUCCUCGAUGACUACUUCUUUAUCUCAGGGGAGAUACCCCGGCGAACCUCAUACGAGACUGGCGUGAGGGGCGGUAUGCGAUUUGACAAAAAGGAGAACGACUGGUUCUCGGACGAGGUCAUUGCUGAUGAACGGUUUCUUAUGUGUAAUCUCAAGGGGAAAGGAAUCGUCAUGUUCACCGCGUGCAGCCAUGCAGGUGUCGUCAACUGCGCACGACAUGCGGUUGAGGCUCUGGAUGGCUCUGUACCUCUCCAUGCGGUCAUCGGAGGGUUUCACCUAGCGACUAGCGAGGCAGCACAGACGGAGAGCACGGUCAAGGAUUUGAAAAAGCUGGAUCCGGCUGUUGUUUUGCCCGGACACUGUUCUGGCUGGAGGGCGAAGUUUGCGAUUGAGAGACAUAUGCCGGGCACGCUGGUUCCGUGCUCUGUGGGUAUGAGAAUAUCGUUCUGAUGUUUGAGUCUGGUAUUAUUGGCCGUAAGUAAGGGCUCUCGUCUGUAGUAGCUGGUGGAACACCCACAUGUAUAUCUAGGUAUAUUAGGACAGGUCCACAAUCGGUAGGCU